GAAUUAUCUCAUUUGCUGGUUAUGAUGGCGCUGUGUAUCUCAUGGGAUGGACGGGAGGAUAUGUGCUUCUGGCCCUUCUAUUGGCACCAUAUCUCAGGAAGUUUGGAAAAUUCACUGUUCCCGACUUCAUAGGAUAUUUCGGCAUCAAUCCUCCAGGAUUUGUAGCCGCAGUAGUUGCAUUAGCAUUUGGACUGGCCGCCGCUUCCUUUUUCCCCGCCAUCAUUUUGGGAAUCUUCUCCAAACGGAUGAAUAUGCAAGGAGCUGUAGCA